AUUCAGUGGACCACGCAAAUGAAUGAGAGGACUCACAUGCUACUACUACCCCUAUGCCCCAUGGUGAUAAGGAUUGGGACAGUUAUUAGAAGAUGAUGCAGAAAUAUAUAGGUUCUGAUGUCACAUCAAUGGUGACACUCCUAGUUAUCAUUUUUGAGCCAAUGUCAACGCUUCAAAAAAUGGUAAAGUUGAUGGAAUACUUCUACCUUUUGGAUUUAGCAGAUGAAUGUGAGGAUCCCUACAUGCGAUUGGUUUAUGCUUCAUCCUUCUUUAUAACAAUCUAUUAUGCCUGCCGACGAACCUGGAAGCCAUUUAAUCCAAUUCUUGGUGAAACUUAUGAAAUGGUCAAUCAUGGAGGUGUUAAAUUCAUUGCAGAACAGCUUGCUUGGGCUAGAAAUUAAGCCAGCUGAUGCCAUGAGCAGGGCAAGUGGCUUGGAUAACUAUGGCAUUGUUGGUCUUCAAAGACAAAUAAUGAAAGAUGGCUUGGUUGCAUGGACUUGUGGAUAAUGCAUAUUGGUGUAUGGAGAAGAAUUUUCACUUUUGUGUAGAACUAAUAUAAUACUUUUGUCGUCCUCAGCUUUUGUGUAGUUCAUUAUUACUGAUACAGAAAACUUUUGGCAAUCAACAGAUAAUGACUGUCGUGGUACAUAGAUCACCUUCUGUCGUGGUACAUAUAUACCAUUUGUUGGCGUACAUAUGGGACGUUUUGUCAUGGUUCAUAGAAAACUUUUGUCGUGGUACAUAUAUCACCUUUUGUUGUGGUAUAGAUUACGAUGGUAAUUUGUACCAUGCCAAAUGGUAAUUUCGCUUGGACGUAAAUGUAUUUUUUUUGUAUACGGAGGGUUUUGAUUUUUGUAUAAUAUAUUUUGUAUGGAAUUAUUAUUUUAAUUUGGAUAAUAAUUGAUUUGUAUGGACUUUGAUAUUUAAUGUCAUUUAUUUUUGGUAUA